GACAUUGAGCGGUUCAAUUCGGUUUCGGUUUGAUAUUGAACGCUUCAGUUCGGUUUUCGGUUUAUAUUUAUCGAUUUAUAAACGGAUCGGUCCGUGAUGGUUCGGUUCGGUAACGGGCGGUUUCACGGUUCGGUUUGAAAAGUCCCACCCCUCUGUCUAUAACUGUUUAUUUUUUUUUAAUUUUUUUUGACAUACACGAAAUGGAGAAAACAUACACGAAAUAAGGCUUCAAUCCCUUAAAACUCUUAACUGAGGAAUUACUCCGUCUUCGAGUUGAGUAACUGAGUUGAGCAAUGAAGAUGGCGACUAAAUCUGGUAAUCUUCUUCACUGCAAUUCUUAUUACAAUUUCUUCACCUCUCUACUUGGAUUUCGUUGUUAUUCCAAUUGCUCUAAAUUUCUUGCUGUUGAUGAUGACGACCCCAAAUUGUUUCUCAAAUUUGUUAGACAACAAUCCAAAUUAGGGUUUACUAAUGUUGAAAUCCCCCUUUCCCAUUUCCAACAUAUGAAAUCGAUGCGACCUCUUCCAUCUAUCAUUGAUUUCUGUAUGUUAUUGAGUGCCAUGUCCAAGAUUAAACCCCAUCCCCCUUUCUCCACUGUCAUUUCUCUUUACAGGCAGCUCCUUUUCUUAGGUCUUCGUCCAAAUAUUUACUCCCUUAACAUCCUUGCUAAUUGCUACUGUCGUUUGAACUUUGUUGAUUUGGGGUUUGCUGUUCUCGCCAACAUUAUUAAACUUGGUUUUCAACCUAAUAUUGUCACCUUUACUACUCUCAUCAACGGCUUCAUUCACUCUAAUCAAUUUGAGAAAGCCGUUCCAUUGUUGGAUAAAAUUCUCAAGCUUGGCUUCCAACCUGAUUUGGUUGUCUAUGGUUCUAUGUUCAAAGGUCUCUGUAGGUCCGGUGAUAAUGCCGGUGCUCUCAAACUCCUUAUAAAUAUGGAGUCUUAUGGCCAUUUUAUGCCUGAUGUUGUCAUUUAUAACACCAUCAUUGAUAGUCUCUGUAAAGACCAGCUAUUACCUCAGGCUCUUCACCUUUUCAAGGAGAUGAAAGUCAAGGGAAUCUCCCCUAAUGUUGUCACCUAUAAUACAUUAAUUCGAGGUCUGCUCACUUUGGGACAACAGAAAGAGGCCCAACAGAUGCUGACUGAGAUGUUGAGGAACAACAUAACUCCUGACAUUCAGACCUACAACAUGUUGAUUGAUAUGUAUUGUAAAGAUGGCAAGGUUGGUGAAGCACAGGACAUUUUUGAAUACAUGACUGACAGAGCUCUUGGUCUGCUCCAAGAGAUGCAUUGUGACGGAUUAGCCCCUAAUGUUAUCACGUACAGCACUCUUAUAGAUGCCUUGUGCAAAGUCAAUCAGCUCAAGCUUGCACACCAGUUUUUCAAGGAAAUGGAAGCUCAUGGACUAAAGCCAGAUGUAAUCACUUGGAACUCAUUACUUGAUGGCAUGUGUAAGAAUGGACAAAUUGACGAGGCAAUUACAACAAUGAAGCAAAUGGAGAGUACUGGAAUGGUCCCUAAUAUUAUUACAUACAGUAUCCUAAUGGAUGGUUUUUGUGAAGCUAAUCGCCUUAGAGAAGCGGUGGAUAUUUUCACUUCUCUGCCCGCGAAGUGCUUACAGCCCAAUGUAUUCAGUUAUAAUAUUUUUGUAAAAGGAUAUUGCAAAGAGGGUUUGCUUGAUGAAGCUACUAAACUUGUAAAUGAAAUGGAGGACAACGGGUGUUCACCUGAUGAGUGUACCUACAACACUAUUAUUAAAGGAUAUCUUUAUGGCAAGGAUGUCAGCAAGGCAUUGGAACUAGUCAGUACCAUGAGAAUUAAAGCGUUUGCUGCGGAUGCUCACACGGCUUCUCUAUUUCUUAGCUUCAUAACUGAUCAUGCUGUUAGCGAUUCAGACAAGGCUUUGCUUCGAAUGUAUUUUGAGAUAUGAAUUGUAAGGUAUUUGGCUUUUGAUAAUUUUAAAUUAUGGUUUAUGUUUAGAUCCUGCUUCUCUGGUUAUCUAUAGUUUUAUAUGAUAUGACGAUGUUACUAUAUUACUUGCAUUGUGUAGUGCUGAGGUUGAAAUUUCACUUAUGAUUAUGGUUAUCUGUAAUAUUAGUGGAGUAUUGCAUUUGGAGGCUUA